AUGUGUUCAAUUCCUGUAGAAAUACUAUAUCGUAUUUAUCAUCAACUUGAUAUAAAAGAUUUAGAAAACUGUUCACUUGUCUGUAAACAAUGGAAUACAUUAAUUAAUGAUUUGCAUUUAUGGUUACCGAGAUGUUAUGAAAAAUUACAAACACAUCAGUGGAUUGAUUCAAAUUUAUUGAGUUUAUUAAAAUUAUGCGGUAUAUAUGAUAUGAACAUAUUUGUUCAAGAACAAUCUAUACCAUAUCAAAAUAAAUUACACUUUAAAUCAGGAUAUUAUAUGCGAAAGUUAUUCUACUACUUACAAUUAAUAUCAGAUGAUAGUUAUCAUUAUGAAGAUCAAGUCAUUACAGAUCAUGCUGAAAAUAUGAUAGUUUAUUAUAAAUGUGUAAUGAUUGGUCCCGGUAUGGAUUCAUCCACAAUAAAUCGUUGUAUAAUAAAUCAUCUGAUGAACUGGUCAAUAUGGGAUCAAUUACCAGAUGAUUUUAUUAUGCCUAAUCCUUAUUUAGGUGUGAAAACUAAUUUAAUUGGUAAAAAUAUUAUGAUUCAGGUGCCUAAGUUGAAUAAUUCUUCACUGAAUACUUUAAUUAAAAUGACUUGUAUUAUUCCUCGAAACGGUGAGCUACUAGAAGAUAGAAAUAGAAUGUCUGGACAAUAUAUACUUGAUAGUGAAAAAAAUGACUGUAGUAUUGAUAGAAUUACUUUAUUACCAGAGAUUAGUAUUUUGCUAAAAGACUGUCAUCUCAUAUUGUAUACCAUUGAUAUUAGAAUAUCAAUAGUGAUCGAUUUAGACUGGGAACAAGUUACAAAAGAGAUUAUAAUCAUAUUGAAUGAUUUGACCAAUCAGCAAAGUUUAUUGAUUAUUGGAUUGGGUGAUGAAAAUGGUGAGGAGGAAUGUAUCACACUUGUGGAUCUUGUGAAUAAAUUACAAUGUAUUUUCUUUAAGAAUUCUGCUUUUGAUAGUGUAAGCGAACAAAUGCUAGCAAAGAUACCUAAUGCUCAAUGGAGAGUAUGGUUGACAACGUCCAAUGGAAUGAACUAUGAUAAUUUGGUCGAAAUGAUCAAUUGGGGUUUGUACAGGAAUAACAGUCAUAACAACAACAACAACAACAUAAAAGUGUAAUUACUUCAAUUACUUCGUUCGAAAAAUUACUUCGUUCAAUAAUUUUAACACUUUAUGAAGCACUCUGGGAAUAAUAGUCG